AUGUUAGCUCCAGGGAUCAAAUUUUACUCCAUGGCUGGAGAGUUUAUGACACGCCGCUAUGGCAACCACUACUACUGCAAAGCAAGAAACAUCACUCUAGAACUGUCAUACCAGUAUGAAGAAGCGCUGAGACAUUGUGAUGUCGUUGUCAUGCCAACUCUGCCACACAGUGCUACCAACUUUCCACAGGCCAGACACUCUGAAGAAGACUCCCUAAGAGCAUACCUGGAGGAAAGCACAAAUCUGCUCACUAACACAGUAGCAGCCAACCUGACUGGACAUCCGGCCUUGUCCUUACCCCUGGGCAAGCUGGGAGAUGGGAGUACAGACAGUCUCAUGAUUGUGGGCCGCAAAUAUGAUGAGCUGACAGUACUGCAGGUUGCUAGGGCUUUAGAGAAAAUGAUUCCUGCCAGGAAUUAG